CCUGGAACGUAGUUUUGAAUGCAAUAAAACCUAAUAUUUCUAUAAUUCUCCGCCGUUUCACAAACCCAAAACAUACCAUACACUAAUUAAUUUGAUUUUCCAUCAAAAUAAACAUAAAUACUUAUCAAGCGCUUGCCGGAAAAAAAAUAUGAGAGCGGCGAGAAAUCGAAAGAAGUCCGGUCAUCUUUAACCUGUAACAUCUUCCGCCGCCGUGCAACCACCAGCGACAACGCAAUACCCAGUCCGAUUUAUCAGGCCGCUUUUCGCAGCGUUCUUCGUCAUGGGAAACAAAAAAAAAGAAGUAGCCAUUUUUGGAAAUUACAGAAACUACUAUGGAUAUAGAGUUGGUCAGAGUUUCGAUGAAGAUCCUAGAGUUAAGGUUAUGAAGAGGGAAUGGUUUGAGGGUAAAGAUUGUCUUGACAUUGGAUGCAAUAGUGGCUGGAUUACUAUUACUGUUGCAAAGAAAUUUGGUUGUCGGAGCAUUCUUGGCAUUGACAUCGACGGAGAUCGAAUCGAGGAUGCACAAUGGACGCUUCGGAAAGUUGUUAGGGCAAGUGUGACUUCUAAAUCAACUAAUACAGAUAAAAAUGCAGAUGAAUCAUUAAUUGAAGAGAAACGGGACAAUUCUGGUAAUUCCCCUCUUUCGGGGGAAAAGGAUCUGCUCGAUGUAGUCUCGUUUCAGAAAGGGAACUUUGUUCAGAAUUGGCAUCCACCAGAAAAAACAACUUACCAUGUAAUCCUUUGUUUAAGCGUGUCAAAAUGGAUACAUUUGAACUGGGGUGACGAUGGAUUAAUUACAUUGUUUCAGAGAGUGUGGACGCUUCUAAAACCGGGUGGCAUUUUUAUAUUGGAACCCCAACCGUGGAGCUCGUAUUAUAACAAUCGUACCGUGUCGGAGGAGGCUUCUGCCAACUAUAAAAAUAUUGAGAUACCUCCGGAGGAUUUUCAGUAUGUGCUUCUGGACAAGAUUGGAUUUCGGAGGGUAGAAAACCUUACUUCCAGCUUAACUGGUACCCAACCCGGAUUCAACAGGCCCAUCUUGGCUUUCUGGAAGUAAUUUCGAGGGGUGAUUUCUUUUCGAGAAAGUAAGUGAUGUACGAAUGCUAUCUAUAUAGACAUAUAUAUGUAUACAAUUAAAUCUCUAUAAAUUAAUACAACGGGGACUAACAAAAUUCUAUUAA